CCUGACUGUCAAUCACAGGCGAACAGAGGCGCAGAGAGGGCUGAGAGCUCGGCAGAACUUUACUGGAGAAGCGUGAGGAAGAGCGAGAGACAUCUGACCAUGAGAGCCUGUGUCCUCCUACUGCUGGGGCUGCCUGUCCUGAUGGCACAGCACACGUCUGAAUUGGACUACGGAGAGACAUUCGGUCCAGAUUACGGCCAUGUUUCAGUUCCACAGUUUGCACCACAGCUGCAAGUAGAACAGACCGAAGUGAACCUUCAGACGGAACCCACAGAACCCGGACCACUGGACUGCCGUGAGGAAAAGUAUCCCUGCACCAGACUCUACUCCGUCCACCAGCCGUGUAAACAGUGUCUCAACAACAUGUGUUUCUACAGUCUGCGCAGGGUCUAUGUUAUUAAUAAGGAGAUCUGUGAGAGGACUGUUUGUGCCCAUGAGGAGCUGAUCAGAGCGGAUCUGUGUCGUGAUCAGUUCCCGCGCUGUGCUGUUGCAGCUCUGACCGGUCAGUGUGGCACACUUGGGAGCAACUGUGGAAAAAGCUGCGGAGGCUGUUAAAGACACAUAUAUACAUACACACACACGCACAUAAACACACACUCACCUGAGUGCUACUGUUAGCAAUAAGCUAUACACAUCCCUCAUCUCCUUGGGUUUACUCUUCACGAUCAUGUCUUCAUCCUCCUCAUAACUCCUUCGUGUGUGUGCACGUGUGAAAGGUUCAGUCCACACCUGUGGCCGACUGUGUGUUGUAGUGAAACGCCGGUGCUGUGUAAAUAUACUGAAGUGUGGCUCGUUCGUCUUGGUGUUUAUGGAUGGAUUUAUAUAAACCUGUAUUUACGUCUGUACUCCUUUUAUAAAUCUUUAUGACUGUAUGAAGUCACUGGUGCUGUAGAACCCGGUGCUGUGGAAGCUGAUGGAGAGCACAGGAACAGCUGGAGGAACUUUAUGUUUUAAAGAUUGUUACUGUAAAACUGUAUCACUCUGUACUGUUGUGUGAUUAUUAUUAUUAUUAUUACUGUGUGAUGUUUGUUGUCAAGCUUGGCAUAUAACUGCUUUUUUACAUAUCUAUCUAUACGCUGAUCCCAGAUCAGAUCUAUACCCAGUUUUCACAGCUCACUUGUUUAAUAUUGCACAAAACAAGUGUUUUUGUUCUUAUCCUGGUGAGAAACACACUACACGAGCUGCUGAGGCGUUAUCAAGGCCUGAUCAUCAUCAUGAGCCAAAAUCCUGGACUUGGUUCGGAUUGGGAUUCAGGAACACCACUCAGAGUCUGCUCCUUCUGAUCAAGUGUACAUCUCCACUAAUAAACACCUCAAUAAAUGCUUUUUAUACCGUGAA